AUGUCAGGCAUGCAGAUCUUGGCUUUCCUGGGCGGCCUGGUUGGGCUGGGUGCCACCUUCUGCGCCACGUUGUCCAACGAAUGGAAAACCACCAGCAGAGCCUCCUCUGUCAUCACGGCCACAUGGAUUCUCCAGGGACUGUGGAAUAACUGUGCUGGAAACGCCAUCGGAGCCCUGCACUGCAGACCACACCACACUAUCUUCAAACUGGAAGGUGAGGGGAGGAAGGUCCCUCCAUCCAUAUCACACAGAGAUCAUAUAUGGUGACAACCAACAACGGACCGAUCUGUGACAUUAUUUUAUGCAGGUUCACUAAAUGAAAAACAUCCUGGUUCACUAAAUGAAAAACAUCCUGGUUCACUAAAUGAAAAACAUCCUGGUUCACUAAUAUUCUUUCUUCACUGUGUUUCAUGCUCCUGUCUUAUCAGUAUGAUUAUACUGUGCAAUAGCUGUUAAGUACACUUUGAGAGACUAAAAUGGACUUUACUGACAAUCACAUGAUACGUGCAUAAUAUGCAUUUUAUUUAUUAAUAAACUGGGCCUACAAGUGAUGCUAUCUACAAAAGGAAGGAGCUCAAAUGAAACAGCAACAUUUGUAAGAUCAAAACUGCAAUAUUUGUAUAUCAAUAGUCCUUGUAUAUUUGUAGAUAUUUUCUUAAAUAUAAAUUAUUCACACAUAUGUUUUAAUGCCACUGAGCAUGAUGUUCUUCGUUGACAGAAGGUAUUUUGACAGUUGUUACAGUUUGUUAUAUUUGUAAAAUAUAGUUAGUUUAACACUAGUGGAUUUGAUCACAUUGUGGAAUUUGAAAUAUAAACUAUAAGAACAAUUCAUGUUCUUAUGCAUUUUGUGUUCCAGGUGAUGACAUAACAAUGUGUAAUUUGGGACAACAGAGAGAUAUCAUGGUGUUUCCUCAGGAAAGAAUGAGAGAACAGGCGGUACACGGACUGAAUCACAGUGGCUCCUGUCUGAGGCAUACAGUGUACAGGACAACAUGUCAAAAUAGCCAGGGGGAGACAUUGCUCUGCCAAACGUAGUACCAAUGAUAGGCUUGGUUGAGAAGAACUAGUAAUUGUAGUUAUAACAUUGCUGAGACACAUUUUUCAGUUGUGUUUCAUCUCUUCUGAGGACAUCGAAAGGGAAUUGACACCAUGAUAUCGCUCUGUUGUCCCAAAGUACAGUGGUUAUAAUGGAUCAAUUCCCAGUGACACAGGCAAUCAUCAUACGCCAUGUUUCUGGAUCAUUACUUUGGAAACUUAAGAAAUGUAACGCUUUAUGAUACUGCCUUUUUUUGCGCCGCAUUCUGUGCAUGUCAAUUGCGCGUUGAUCUCCUUAAACUCCCUCAUGUGGUGGUGUUUGAAACUGUGCACAUGUACAAUAGUUUACCACUAGAUGGGCCGCUAAGGUAACUGUAAAAAAAUAGUUAGGAAGAAAGAAUUCCUUCUGUAUCCCUAUGAAUGUACUGUAGGAUCUAUGACUAUGUAUAGCCAUUUGUUUGCUUGUUUUGUUAACUAGUUCCUUCCUGUUAUGUAAACUUGUUCCUUCCUGUUAUGUUAACUAGUUCCUUCCUGUUUUUGUUAACUAGUUCCUUCCUGUUAUGCUAACUCGUUCCUUCCUUUUAUGUUAACUUGUUCCUUCCUGUUAUGUUACUAGUUCCUUCCUGUUUUGUUAACUAGUUCCUUCCUGUUUUGUUAACUAGUUCCUUCCCCAUGUCAUUGAGUUGCUCCACCUCUCUCUCUCUUCUCUCUUUCUCUCUCUCUGUCUCUGAAGCAUCAGUCCAUGGUGCGAAUGGUGAGCGUUAAUGAGUGAUCAGUAUUAUUCUACUUUUAACCUUCGGUCACAUUUUCUUGUUAUUUAAUACUUAAUCGCUUCCCUAUGAGCAGGUUGUUAUGACAGAGUCGAAAGUGGCUGUAUUAUGUUCCCCAUGCUAAUCGUGAUGAUCCCCUUUGAGAUGUACAGGCUGUUUGUACCACCUCCUCUACGUUAUAGGCCUAUAAGUUCUAAAUCUUCUGAAUCACGUAUAUUCAUCCUCUUGUUAUGUGAGGCAUCAUAUAUGAAGUCAUCAUGACACAUUUUGACACGUCAUGACAGUGCAUCCGCCACCUUUGGCCUUUCUGCACAGUUAGCUCCCAUCAACUCUAUCACAGUCAGGUGAGGGGGUGGAGGAAGCUAGACACCAUUGGUCAGUCGUCGACAAUGAGGGCUAAACCCCUCCCUGAUUAAUAGGAAACAUUCCAGAACAUAUUAACCAUGAAUCCCACCAUGGCCAUUUAACCUGGGUUACUACUCCAGAGCCCAUGCCUGGGAUUGUCUUCACCAAGCUUCAUUGGCCAGUGGACCAUCAGUUACAUCGUUACUCUUCCGUGACCUCUGAAGUUCUCACCAACUUCAGUAGUAAGCGCUGGUGUAUUGUACACAAUGAGUGACAUGGUGAUAGAGAUUUUGGCCUUUAUUCUGACCACAUCUGGCUGGGUCCUGAUCUCCUCCACCAUACCCACGGAUUACUGGAAGGUGUCUUCUCUGGAUGGCACGGUCAUCACCACAGCUACCUACUGGUCCAACCUGUGGAAGGCCUGUGUCACUGAUUCAACAGGAGUCUCCAACUGCAAGGACUUUCCCUCCAUGCUGGCACUGGACGGUCUGCUCAAAGUUUAUUUUUUGUCAUUGGGAAAGUGUGUUAUAGUAGCUGUUUAGCAACAUUGGCCUACUGGGCUAGUGGCCUACUGUGAUACAACACUGCAGGGACAACCCUGGUCCUGGAGGGCCACAGGCACUUCAUGUUUUUGAUUGAACCAACCUGGAAGACCAGGGGUGUUGAAUCAAUUAGCUCAGUUGGUCAGGUGUGGUGCCUAGUUGGAACAAAAUCCUGCAGUACCUGCGGCACUCCAGGAACAGGGUUGUCUACCCCUGCAAUACAGCUUUUAAAAUGUAAAAAAAACUGCUUAUAGAUGGAUUAGCUGAGAACGUCACGAAAACGACGCGCUAUCUUCAGAGGGGCAGAAGUCCGUGAGUUGUUGUGAUUCUGGAUGGCCAGAUAGCUAACAACAAUGACAAGAAACUGACAUGUUGGGAAUCGUAAGUGGUUCGUUUCAGCUAGUUUCAUCUUGUUCUUGAUACCAUGUCUUGUUUUGAGGCGUUGUGACUGAUUUCAAGUCAAUGCUAAUAUGGCUAGAAUUCGCUAGCUAGUUCAACAACUAUAACAAUGUAUUUAAGAGACAACAAGUGCUCAUUGUGCAAAUAUUUUAACCCUCCCGUUGUUCUAGGGUCAAAAUGACCCGCCACUGUGUUGAACCAACUUUAUUUAAUUUUUUGGAUCAUUUGUGAGAAGGAGGCAGUGAUACUUUCUUUAAAGUCUCACUGCCUCCUUCUCACAAAUGAUCCCAAAAAUAUAAAAAUUAAAUAAAGUUGGUUCAACACAGUGGCGGGUCAUUUUGACCCUAGGACAACGGGAGGGUUUGUUUUCAAUAAACAUUGGAGACUAAAUAUAGUUUACACGCUGUCAACAAUCUAAACCAACCCUUUCUGUUUUGCCCUAACCAAACUGGAAAUUAUUGUGAUUCUAACGCCCUCAUUGUGUAAAUAUAUAGUUAUCCUCAUUUUUUGAUCCACUUGUUCAAGUGAUUACAUCUCGAUGCAUUCGGUAAGCAUGGGCUAGUUGUAGAAAACUGUUACAUGGAUUGUAUUUGAUUUCAUGGACGUUAAUGAAAGUGAAGAGUCUGCAAACUAGCAGUGUUUCAACGUCGGUCUCAGAUGAGGGUCAGUGGAUCCACCACCUCACUGUAACUGCGCCACAGUUCAAUUUCUCAUUACUUUGGAAAGAGAAGGGCUCAUUACUUGGAAAGAGAAGGGCUCAGAGCUUGCCAGUGCUAAUAGAUUUGUGGGGAAGUCACAAUGCAAGUGUUCUCCCAGGGACAAGUCAUCUACCUUCAAAGAUGUCAAUGUUUAGCCUAACAUCAUGGGAGGCUAUAAAUGAGAUUUACUGGGAGCUUGGGGCUGAUUUCCCAUGGUUGGCUAGUUUCUGGGGUUAACCACCAAUCUAAUAUGUGCCUGUAAAUCACGUCUCAAAGGCAGCUCCAAUGCCAAAACUGUGAGCACCUUAGCACAUCUCUUCACUUAGAAACAAUUACCGGUUGCGCUAACAAAUGAUUGUUUACGCGUACUGAACCAAUUUGUUGCUUGCACAGUUAGCUGAGCAAAUGAAGGUCUUGUGAUCCUGUAUGGUGUGUGGGUGUAACGAGAUGUGGAGGGCAUUGGGGGAAAUGGCUGGGGGACAGUUAGCUAUUGGGAAUGCUUAGAAGCAUUGACUUUGCUGACUAUAGGCCUACAUAAAAUCAAGAAGCAUUGCCUAAAGGCAGAGCAGGUCCUGGCCAUUCUGCCUCCACCACUAGAAUAGUCCCAGUAAGCAAAAUGACAUUGAAAAGACGUCUAAAAUACUUAUUUUUCCAGGACGUUGGAUUUAGGUUCAAUUAGGUUCUGAAUGAAAGGUGAAAAUACAUUAUUUAUAGACAUCUAUGUUUUGGCCAAAUCAAGGCUGGUUCCAGACCGGACAAAAUCUGAACUAAACAUAGAUGUCUGCACAAAAAAAAGACAGGCGGUCCGGAACAAAAACAACAACAUCUAAAUGACGUCAGCAUCGGUCCGUGCUUACUGGGGUAUAGCCUACCAUGUCAGCCCUCAAUGGAAUUUUUUGAAUGCCCAUCCAUGUGGUAGGCCCACCGUUUGUAUAACAGACCGUUGCAUUGGCUUUAUUAGUCCUAAUUCCUGUGCUAUUUAAGCUCUGAAUAUCAGCUACCCACCUUCAUCAGGAGUUAUCCUGAACACAUUUGCAAUGCAUUUUACACAGCAGGAAAUGCAGAAGUAUUUUAUUUUUCGCUAUGAUCAGCUCGUAAGACAUUUGCGUAUACAAACUUGAAACCACUGAUCAUGACAAUUUAGCCCACUGGAUGAAACUCUUGGACAGCAGUUGUGAGUAGCCUGAUUGUACAUUCCAUAUUGUCAAUUUCACUUUCACCUUUCCUGUGUUUAGGAUAUGUUGUUUGUUAACAUGUCAUUUUUUUUUUUUUUGAUUUGGCGCCAUUUAGGUUAGGCUAUUUGAUCGGAGACACCUGCAUGAUCUAAAAAGUUUCCUUCUCAUUACAUCUCAUACAUUUUAUCAUUUAUGUUAGAUUUCUUUUUUUUUACGGAAUGUUGGUGGAGCGCUGCAGUGAUGCGUCUCUCCAACAGCACCCUGGAGAGGCGCGCUGGGAAUGGACAAGAUCAAUAUUUGCAUCCCUGCCUGUGACAAAGUGGGCACAGCUUAUCACAGGGCGGCAUCAGCGCUCACCUAAUAAGCUCAUAUGCCACUGGUUGAGAGAGAAAUUGUCAUUGUUUUGGGGCAGAAUUAUGUGAGGUUUAAUGUGUUGUUGUAGGUGCGUCUUGGUCAGUUUAGAUAAAAAAAUACCGCCCUCGUCAAUCUGCCACUAAUCCUGCCUAAUGAGCGGGCCGGCCCUGCCUAAAGGUGUGUACCAGAUAUCUCACGUGGUCUGUGCUCUUUCUUCCAGGCCAUAUUCAGGUCUGCAGGGGUCUGAUGAUCGCUGCUGUCUGCCUGGGCUUCUUCGGUGCCGUCUUUGCCCUGGUCGGAAUGAAGUGCACCAAGAUUGGGGGAUCAGACCAAAGCAAAGCCAGAAUGGCUUGCUUCGCUGGGGUCAAUUUCAUACUCAGCGGUAACUAUCAUGUCACAACCGUUGAUUAAAAAUAAUGGCGUAGCAGCACUGAACGUUAUUUUCCUCUCUACAGGUCUCUGCUCGCUGUCCGCAUGCUCCCUGUACGCGCACAGAAUAACAUCUGAGUUUUUUGACCCCAUGUAUGUUGCUCAGAAGUGAGUAACCCAUGUGGCAUAUAGGACCAGACAUACAGUGCAGUGACUCAUAUGAUCCUGGAUGAAGUAAUGUUGCUGUUAAUUAACCGGUCUCCUGUUUUCCAGGUAUGAACUGGGAGUUGCCUUGUUCAUUGGUUGGGCAGGAUCUAUCCUGUGUGUUCUGGGAGGGGUGAUAUUCUGCUUCUCCAUAGUAGACAGUUCCAGAAGGUGAGUCAGACAUCAGUAACGAUGUGCAUACAUGUAAUUGAUAUUUGGUAAAUGAUAUGAUCGGUUUACUUCAAUGGCUAUCAUAUCGCGAUACUAGAUGAGCUAUAUCUCGAGAGAGCGGUAGGAGAGAGGAGAGAGAGAGAGAGAGAGAGAGCGAGAGGAGAGAGAGAAAAGAGAGGAGAGAGAAGAGAGAGAGAGAGAGAGAGAGGAGAAGAGAGAGAGGGAGGAAAGAGAGAGAGGGAUGAGAGAGAGAAGAGAGAGGAGAGGGAGGAGGAGAGAGAGAGAGAGAGUAUGAGAGAGGAGAAUCGAGGGGAGAGUCUAGAGAGCUAUGCUAUCGCGCUAAGAGAGGGCUAGAUCGAGCAUUAUCGAAUGCUCCUCUCUCUCUUCUCUCUCUCUCUCUCUCUCUCUCUCUCUCUCUCUCUUCUCUCUCCUCUCUCUCUCUCUCUCUCUCAUCUCUCUCUGUCUUUCACUCUUUCUAUCUAUUUCUCUCUCACAGCUCUAGUCGCACAGGCUAUGCCUACGGAGGACCUGCCUCUACCUCCCAUGUCUCUUCCCACCCGAGAGGGCAUGCGCAGCCCAUGAGCCAGCGGCCUCCACCUGAAUACAACAGCCCCUCCAGAGCACAGCACUUUGAUAAGAAUGCCUAUGUGUAAGGGAGGAUAGGGAGAAGCUGACUCA